AAACAUAGUCCAAAUUUUUAUAAAAUAAAAUAAAAUAAAUUUAGUCUAAAUUGGAGCAUACAUAAGAACACUUGGAAUGGAAUGUAAGAUGAGAAUGAAGAGGGAUGACGUGUGUCGGUGAGAAGCUUCUGCAGCACAACAAAACAAAGGUACAACAUUGUUUGUUUCUUGUAUUUAUUCCUGAUUUACCCUCAGCAAGCGGCAUUUUCUCAGGUCCUUUAUUCAUAAUAAUAGCGACAGUUAUCCCCACCAAAUAUGGCUUUUUCCGUGAUUAUUAUUAAAUUAAUCAGAGUAAUUAACACUCUCACUCUAUUACACACAACACACACUCUCAAAGUCUGAAACUGUACAUUAAUCCAUUAGUACGGCAUUUUCCCAACCAAAAUUCACUCUUCUUCUACAGUUUCCAGUUGACGGUCUUAACACCCAAUUCAAUUCUAUAUUUUCCAAUUUAAGAAACUAAAUCAAUUUAGGGUUCUUCUUCCUUUUUCUGUCUGAAUCUAAUCUUCUUUUCAUAAUUCCUUACGUUACACUAAGUUCAUCCCCCAUUACACUCUUCUCUUAAAUCCUCAAACAUACAUAAAAUCCUCCAAAAUGUGUUUCAUUUUUUGCCAUUGAUGUAAUUCAUUUGUUCAAACCAGGAUGAUGAUGAUGAUGAUGCAAAAGCAACAGAAUUUAUUAUUUCUGUGGUUAGCAUUGUUGGGUUUUUGUUUGAGCUCUGUGGUUUGGUGUGUGACUGAUCCAAAUGAUCUGAGAAUUUUGAAUAAUUUCAGAAAAGGUCUGCAAAAUCCACAGCUCCUUCAAUGGCCAAAGGAUGGUGAUGAUCCAUGUGGCUCCAAAUGGAAACAUGUGUUUUGUUCGGGUAAUCGGGUCACUCAAAUUCAAGUUCAGAAUUUGGGUCUUAAGGGUACUCUUCCUGCUGAAUUCAACCAGCUUUCUAAAAUGUCCAAUUUGGGUCUUCAAAGGAACCAAUUUCAUGGGAAAUUGCCAACUUUUAAUGGGUUGUCAGACUUGGAAUUUGCAUACUUGGAUUUCAACAAUUUUGAUGAAAUUCCUUCUGAUUUCUUUGAGGGUCUCACUAGUGUCAGGGUUUUAGAAUUAGAUAAUAACCCUCUUAAUGCAACAAAAGGCUGGUCAUUGCCUCCUAAUGUGGCUCAAUUAACCAACUUGGUUAAUUUUUCAUUGACUAAUUGUAAUUUGGUUGGUCCAUUGCCUCAAUUUCUUGGUUCAUUGCCUUCUCUUAGUGCUUUGAGGCUUUCAUAUAAUAAGCUCUCCGGAGUUAUUCCCAUGAGUUUUAACAAUUCCAUGUUGCAGAUUCUAUGGUUGAAUGAUCAGGAAGGUGGAGGAAUGAGUGGGCCUAUUGAUGUCAUUGCUUCAAUGACUUAUCUUACUCAACUUUGGCUUCAUGGGAAUCACUUCACUGGAGUAAUUCCAGAGGGUAUUGGUAGUUUAAUCUCACUAAAAGAUGUUGAUCUCAAUGGGAAUCAGCUAGUCGGUCGAAUCCCUCAAAGUUUGGCUUCAAUGGAGUUGGAGAGGCUGGAUUUGAAUAACAAUAUGUUAAUGGGUCCUAUUCCCAAGUUCAACUCUGGUAAUGUUUCUUAUGACUCGAAUUCGUUUUGUCAAUCAACACCUGGACUACUAUGUGCACCAAAUGUGAAUGCUCUUUUAGAUUUUCUUGCUGGUAUCAAUUAUCCUGUUUCUCUUGCUUCUCAAUGGUCUGGUAAUGAUCCUUGUAAAGGGCCUUGGUUAGGUGUCACUUGCAAUUCUGAUUCUGAGAUUGUUGCUCUUAAUUUGCCUAAUCGAAAUCUUAGUGGCACUCUUAGUCCUUCUGUUGCUACCUUGGAUUCGUUGAGUCAAAUUAGGUUGGCAAGAAACCAUCUCACUGGUCAAAUUCCUGCCAACAUUACUCAGUUAAAAUCUUUGACAUUGUUAGAUGUCUCCCAAAACAAUUUCAAACCUCCAUUGCCAAAAUUCAAUGCUGGUGUUCAGGUAGAUAUUGAUGGAAAUCCUUCUCUUGUUUCUAACCAUAGCGGGAAAUCACCUCCUCCUGUUGCUCAUCCACCACCCCUUAGCAGUCCACCAGUGGUUGAAUCCCCUUUACCAACUCCAUCCCCUGGCUCAUCUCGAGGAAGUGUGAGAGCACCUGCACCUGAAAAGAAACAUUUUGCUGGUGUUUCCUCGAAGCAGAGUUCAAGUGCUUCCUCGAAAGAAAAUACCAAACCUCAAAAAUCAAAAAGAGUUGCCUUCAUUAUUGUAGUUGCUGCUAUUGCUGCUGCUAUUGUGGUCAUUCUUAUUUUGAUCCUGUUUUAUGUAUUCUGUUGUAAGAAGAACAAUGCUACUGUUGAGGCACCUUGUUCUGUGGUUGUUCAUCCAAAGGACCCAUAUGAUCCAGACAAUAUGGUCAAGGUUGCAGUCUCAAGUAACAACACUGGAAGCUUAUUUACCAAAACUGGUAGUAGUUCUGGGAGUAGAAACAGCAGCCCAAUGGAAAAUUCUAAUUCUCAUGUAAUAGAAUCUGGAAAUUUGGUUAUUUCAGUUCAGGUUCUUCGUAAAGUGACCAAUGAUUUUGCCCCGGAAAAUCAACUUGGUCGUGGUGGGUUUGGAGUAGUUUACAAGGGAGAACUUGAAGAUGGGACUAUAAUAGCAGUUAAGAGAAUGGAGGCUGGGGUGAUUAACAGCAAACAAUUGGAUGAAUUUCAGGCUGAAAUUGCAGUCUUGUCUAAGGUUAGGCAUCGCCAUUUAGUGUCUCUCUUUGGUUACUCCACGGAAGGCAAUGAAAGGCUUUUGGUUUAUGAGUACAUGCCUCAUGGGGCUCUAAGCAGGCAUCUGUUCCAUUGGAAAAAUAUCAAUUUGGAACCUUUGUCUUGGAAAAGGAGGCUUGUUAUUGCUUUGGAUGUUGCUAGAGUGAUGGAAUAUCUUCACACCUUAGCACAUCAAAGCUUCAUACACCGUGACCUCAAAUCUUCCAACAUUCUCUUGGAUGACGAGUUUAGGGCGAAAGUUUCUGACUUUGGGUUGGUGAAACUUGCUCCUGAUAGAGAUAAAUCUGUUGCAACCAGACUUGCUGGAACUUUUGGGUACCUUGCUCCUGAAUAUGCUGUGACAGGGAAGGUUUCAACUAAAGUGGAUGUCUUCAGCUUUGGGGUAGUACUAAUGGAACUAUUAACUGGAUUAAUGGCACUUGAUGAGGAACGUUCUGAAGAGAGCCGGUAUUUAGCUGAGUGGUUUUGGAGAAUAAAAUCAAACCAAGACACAUUAAUGGCUGCAAUUGAUCCAGCUCUGGACAUCAAAGAAGAUGCUUUCGAGAGCAUAAGCAUAAUAGCUGAUCUUGCAGGGCACUGCACUGCAAGAGACCCGAACCAUCGGCCAGAUAUGGGGCAUGCUGUGAGUGUGCUUGCACCACUAGUUGACAAAUGGAAGCCAUUUGAUGAAGAUAUUGAGGAUUAUUCAGGUAUUGAUUACAAUCUGCCACUGAGAGAGAUGUUAAAGGGAUGGCAAAAUGAAGCAGAUAAAAGCAAGGGGAAUAGCAGUGCAAGCAUGGAUGAUAGCAGGGGAAGUAUACCUGCUAGGCCUACUGGAUUUGCAGACUCUUUCACUUCAGCGGAUGCCCGAUAAGUUUAAAUUUUAGAGAAAAUCCUUUAUAUAUCAGGCAAUUAAGUUUUCUCCAUUAAAUUAUUUGGAAGUUUCUCCUCUCUUUGGAGUAGUAUCGCAAUCUGACACAUUUAGGCGUUCAGAAUUUUUGUGCUUUUAUCUUCUUUUUUUUGGUGGCUGAUUAAAAUUUUUGUUUUUCUUAGUGUGUACAUCUGCAAGAAACCCCCCUCGGAUAUGGUAGUAAUAUAUCACAGUCCUGUGAUUCAUUGUCUGUACAAAUUAAUAAUAAUAGUAAUACUAUAAUUUUGUGGUUUUUCUUUA